AUGGCACAUAAUCCUCACUUGCUGGGAGUUAAUAUUUUUUGCGUCUACUCCCCGCUAAUCCACCACCACAAACCCCUCGUCACUUCCCACCACAACCGCAUCUUCAACGCGUUCCAGGUGUAUAAUUCGAUCUCCCCGCUGGUCAAAUUCUCGCACUUCACCUCCAACCAGGCGAUCUUCCAGGCGCUGGACGGCGAGGAGCGGGUGCACAUAAUCGACCUCGACAUCAUGCAGGGCCUGCAGUGGCCCGGGCUCUUCCAGAUCCUGGCGUCGCGGCCUCUGAAGCUCCGGUCGCUCCGCAUCACCGGGCUCGGGUCCUCCCUCGAGCUGCUCGAGGCGACCGGCCGCCGGCUCUCCGACUUCGCCGCGGCGCUGGGGCUGCCGUUCGAGUUCCAGCCGGUCGAGGGGAAGAUCGGGGACCAGAGCAAGGCGGGCGGCGGCGGCGGCGCGUUCGCGCCGCGCGACGGGCGGGAGGUGGCCGUCGUGCACUGGAUGCACCACUGCCUGUACGACGUGACGGGGUCGGACGAGGCGGCGGUGUCGGUGAUCAAGAACGUGAUCCGGCCGCGGCUGGUGACGGUGGUGGAGCAGGACCUGGGGCGGCACGGGGGGGACUUCCUGGGGAGGUUCGUGGAGGCGCUGCAUUACUACUCGGCGGUGUUCGACGCGCUCGGGGAGGGGGCGGCGGCGGAGGGGAGUCGGGAGGAGGAGGAGGCCGAGCGGCACGACGUGGAGCGGCAGCUGCUGGGGGCGGAGAUCCGGAACAUCGUGGCGGUCGGGGGGCCGAAGCGGACGGGGGAGGUGGCGGUCGGGCGGUGGGGGGAGGAGAUGCGGAGGGCGGGCUUCGAGCAGGUGUCGCUGGCGGGAGGGCCGGCGGCCGCGCAGGCGAACCUCUUGCUCGGAAUGCGGCUGCCGUGGAAGGGGUACACUCUGGUGGAGGAGGCCGGCUGCCUCAAGCUCGGCUGGAAAGACCUCUCCUUGCUGACGGCAUCAGCUUGGAAGACUGGAAACAGCCACGGCCCUGCAGAAGGCGGAGAAGACCGAGACCACGUUCAACCGCCGCGGCAGCAGCAGCAGCAUCAUCAUCACUCAUCUCUCUUGACAUAAUCACUUUGUUUUUAUUCUUGCCCUCUUUUUUUUCUUUUUUUUUUUUAAAUAUCUGUACCCAACGGAAGAGUUAGUACGAGAAUUGCAUCUUCAAACCGUUAGAAUUUCGUCCAAGAAUUAGUAUAAUAACACGAUCUGCUACGUUAUUCGGAA